UGGGCAGGGCAGGGAAGCCGACCUGAGCACACGGCAGCCCGCGUGUGCCCAGGGCCGGAAUGCCGCGAGGGCCCCUUUCCCGUCCGCGGGGUGGUCUGUGUCGCCCGGCCCCCUGGCUCUCUGCUGGCGUCUUCUGCCUCUGCCUCACAUUCUUGUUGGGCCAGGUGGGCUUGCUGCAGGGACACCCCCAAUGUCUAGAUUACGGGCCCCCCCUCCAGCCUCCUCUGCCCCUCGAGUUUUGCUCCGACUACGAGUCCUUUGGCUGCUGUGACCAGCACAAGGACCGCCGCAUUGCUGCCCGGUACCGGGACAUUCUGGAACACUUGGAUGUGAAGAGCCGUGAGCUGUGUGGAGGCUACGUCAAAGACGUCCUCUGUCAGGUGUGCUCGCCCCGCGCCGCGCACCUGUCCGCCGCCGAGGACCCCCGGCCCGGCCUGUGCGCCGCCUCCCUGCUGGCCGGCGACCGCGGCCGGGACGGCGCCACCUCCUGCCACCGGCUGCGCCCCCGGGACCGCGACUGCCGCUUCCCCGAGGCGCCGAGGAGCCCCCGCGUCGCCCGCGCCCGGGGGGCGGCGGCCACCGGCCCGGGGGGCUGCCUGCGGCUGUGCCUGGCCGAGGCGGCCUCCGGGCUGCGCAACCCCGUGUGCAUGGUCCACGCCGGGGACGGCAGCCACCGCCGCUUCGUGGCCGAGCAGGUGGGCGCCGUGUGGGUCUACCUGCCCGACGGCAGCCGCCUGCCGCGGCCCUUCCUGGACCUCAGGGACGCGGUGCUGAGCCCCGCGCGCAUCCGGGACGAGCGCGGCCUCCUGGGCUUGGCUUUUCAUCCCAGAUUCCGCCGCAACCGCAAGUUCUACGUCUACUACUCGUGCCUGGGCGGGAAGAAGGUGGAAAAGAUCCGGAUUAGCGAGAUGAAGGCCUCCCGGGCCGAUCCCAACAGAGCCGACCCGAAAUCCGAGAGGGUCAUCCUGGAGAUAGGAGAACCAGCUUCAAAUCACAACGGCGGACAACUUCUUUUUGGCUUGGACGGCUACAUGUACAUAUUCACUGGGGAUGGAGGCCAGGCCGGGGACCCCUUUGGCAAGUUUGGAAACGCUCAGAACAAAAGCUCCCUGCUGGGAAAGGUGCUAAGGAUCGACGUGGACGGGGCAGGUGCGGGUGGCCAGCGGUACCGAGUCCCCUCGGACAACCCGUUCGUCUCUGAGCCUGGCGCCCACCCGGCCGUCUAUGCCUACGGGGUCAGAAACAUGUGGCGCUGCUCCGUGGACCGAGGGGACCCCGUCACACGCCAGGGCCGCGGCCGGAUGUUCUGUGGGGACGUGGGCCAGGACAAGUUUGAAGAAAUCGACCUCAUCGUUAAAGGCGGGAACUACGGCUGGAGGGCGAAGGAAGGGUUCGAAUGUUACGACCAGGAGCUUUGCCGCAACGCCUCUUUGGAUGACGUUCUGCCCAUCUACGCUUACAGUCACACGGUGGGGAAGUCGGUCACCGGAGGGUACGUCUACCGCGGGUGUGAGUCCCCGAACCUCAACGGCCUCUACAUCUUUGGGGACUUCAUGAGCGGUCGACUCAUGGCUUUGCGGGAAGAUAGAAAAGCCAAGACGUGGCGGAAGCGGGACAUCUGUGUGGGGGGUGCAGCCUGCGCCUUCCCGGGGCUGACCGGCACCCACGGCAAGUUCAUCACCUCCUUCGCCGAGGACGAAGCAGGGGAGCUGUAUUUCCUGGCCACCUCUUUCCCAAGCGCCUACGCGCCGCUCGGAUCUAUCUACAAGUUUGUGGACCCCGCAAGGCGAGCACCGCCAGGCAAGUGCAGAUACAAGCCGGUGCCCGUGAGAACCAAGAGCAGGCGGGUCCGGUUCAGGCCAGUAGCCGAGACAGUCUUGGACUUGCUAAAGGAGCAAUCGGAGAAGGCUGCUGGAAAACUGUCCAACGCAACCGUAGCUUCCAGCCCAGCCCAGGCUUCGUCCCAGAAAGGCUUGGCCAAGAAGCUGGCUUCGCCCACAAGCAGCAAGAAAACGUUGCGAGGGCCUGGCCCAACGAGGGGAGCCAGGGUGGGGUCCCGGCCCCAGGGGGAGAAGGGGAAGAGCCUGAAAGGGCACAGUGGCAGGACGAGGCAGCUGGCAGAAGUGUCCCUUGACCCUUUGCCUGAGGUGUCCUGCAGCGGGAGAGGAGCUACACCUCCCCAAGUGCACACCCCAGCUGGACGGGGACCGGAGCAGUCCGGGAAGCCGGGGUGGAGCAGGGGCAGGCAGAGGGCACUGGGCUUAGGGCCCUGUGGUUUUUUCUCUCCGGGAAAUCCUGCUGUCUCCUGAAUGACCCAAGGCACCCUGUCUACUCUGUAAACCCACUUGGAAUCCCCCCGGGGGUCUCAUGUUGCCUUGUGAAUGCCUAGGACCUGAGGUAAUAAAUCCACGUUUGCUCCUUGA